UAAGAAUGGGCGUAUUCAGGAUUAACACAAUAAUAUUUGCCCAAAUUUAGCCGUGAUUCACUUCAUUUACACGUGUGCAUGAAUUUGACCCCUUUGUAAAUCACUCCUCCUAAGCUUCAAGAAAAACAAGGUCCGAUAUUGAGUAUCCUGGCGGAGAUUUGAAAUUUUUAUUAUCUUUUAUCAAGAUUUUCCGCGGCGAUAAUCCCGCCUAAUAAUGAAUCUACCAAGAUACUGUAGAUGGUAUACCGUAUAUGACAAAGAGACGAUUGUUCACCAAUAAAAACAUUUAGUGUUGGUGGAAAUCUAGGCCCCACUUUUUUUUCUUUUUUAACACAAGAAGGGCACACUUACGUGAAAAGAAAAGCUAUACAUUGCUUUAUUGCCGCGGGACACAUAAGUACACAUAAAUCUCGGCUUUAAAGUUUGUAAUUUCGCUCGAUGUAAAGAUAGGAUCAGACUUGCACAAGAGUAGGGACAUCAUUGGCUACGGUACAAAUUUGUAAGGUCAUCCGGAGUCCUGACCCGUUAGAUAUAGCUAUGUUGCGCUGAUUUAUGGCUAAUCUUACGAACUCGCGUGCCAGACAGCUAAUCGGAGAGACCUUCGCGUGACGAAGUUAUUCGUCGGUGGGACUAACUCGUGUCAGUGUUGAAAAACACAUCAAACCCAACAGGCAUGAUUUUUACAGUGACAACAAUUAAUUAAUUAAUCAGGGAUUUAUACAGUAUGGCACCUACGGAAUCUAAGGAUGAAGUGAAGAAAGAUGUUGUUCAUAGUUCCACAGGCUCACCAAAACGGAGGGUGAACAAACCAAUGAUAGAAAGAAGAAGGAGAGAAAGAAUAAACGAAUGUUUGAACCAACUUCAAACUCUGAUAGCUCAGCUGGAUAAAGAAAAACCUAAGAUCGGAAAGUCUAAUAAGUUGGAGAAAGCCGAUAUUUUGGAAAUGACUGUAGACUUCGUAAAGCGAUCCCAGCCAAUGCUUAAAGAAGAGAAUGAAAAGAAAGAAAGUCCCGCGGAUAGUGUGCAAUAUCAAGCAGGGUAUGAGAAAUGCCGGAUUGAGAUCCAAUCCUUUCUACAAACCUCAGAAAACGUCCCCGAGGAAGUGAAAACUGCUUUACUGAAACAAAUCCAAAACAGUCCUAAACAGCAACCAUCACAACCGACUGAAACCAAUGCACGAGUCCAAGAUCUGAAUCCUAAAAGUAGCGCACCAACUUCCUUUGCAAAUAUUCUUCCGCGUGCACAAAGCACCACGGUCGCAGUUGCAGCUUCAUCAGCAUCCUGUCAGACGACAAGUCAGAUUCCAGGAAACAAAAAUGUUUUUAUAUGUAACCCCAGUGCUCCGACAUACGUCCUUGUUCCCACAGCAACGUUGUGUCAGCCCAUACCCGUGAACUCUCAGGUGACCCAAACAAACGAUUCACCUUUGAACUUGGUAAAACCAUCAAGAAUCGGAAACGAAAUAGUCCCAAAUACCCAGCAUCAGACCUCAGCAAUGCAGCUUGGAUCUGUUGUCAAUGGAAACCAGUUUGUAGUCAUUCCACAGGGACAGAUUUCGCAGGUUUCAAACUUAAUGACGUCACCAGUGGUAGGGGGACAACCCACCGUUCUACCCUCAAACGCAAUGCAAAAUUUACACGGCAACUUCCUGUGUAUGCCCAAUGUGCAGAUUCCUUUUUCGGCUCCUCAGUCAGAUCAAGAUGUUUGGCGUCCGUGGUGAAGGUUUUGUUUACCUUGCAGAAUAUCAACUCCCUUUCAAUAAAUUAAAUAUUUUCCUUCCAAACUUCUUAUAUCUUUUUUUUUUAAUUAGUGCAGCUGUUUGAUACAAGUGCGUUAAUUUUUUCUUUUAAUUUAUCUUAACUUUUUCUACUUUUUUGUUACUGAGUAUUCAAUCACUUAAUGGUGUUUUAUAUUGCUGCUCUACAUAUUUACUAUGCAUAUAAUAUGAUGCAGAUUUAACAGAACAGAGACAAUUACUAGUUCCUGUUUGAAGCUUGUUAACAGUCUUCCUAGAUGAGUAUUUGUGAUAUAAUGGGGAAGAUCAUUCCAUAAAUUAUUUUGUAUUAUUAUUGAGUUGUUUUUAUUACUUGUUUGUUAAAAUUUUUAUACAUUAACAUCUAAUGUUUUCAUUAAAUUUAAAGGUGCUGAUUAAAUAGUUAUUCGUAA